ACACCAGUUUCAACCUUCAAAACAUGGUUGUGCUUUUACAUGCUUCCUAAACAGCAAAAGACCCAUCUACCCACAACUCUUUCACAGCUGCUUGAUCAAAAAGCACUUUGAAACACACACAUACAUACAAGUGCAUGUCCUUUACGUCUGUUUGGCGCAAAACAUACCAAACCAGAGAGAGGUCAAAUGAGAGGCUCUUCUUCUAAUUCUACUUCUGUUCCCAUUUCUAUUGUUUUUUUUCUUCCAAAGCAUGCGUAGUUUCUUUCUCCAAACUAUGGAAAAUUACCAAGGUGAUUUAGCUGACAUAGUCCGAGCCAGCGGCGGUGGGGUGAGCGGUAGUGGCUUUUCCGGCGAAGUACCGGUGUCUGACUGGCAGUUUCCAGCAGAUCAUUCAAUGAAUUACCCAUCUGGGUUAGAAGAACCGGCGGUCGAUGAUUUUGGCGAUCCUUUCUUCUCUAACAUGAGAGAUCCACUUCUUCACGAGCUUAAUAUGCCGAGUUCAGGGUUUUUCAACAGCUUAAACAAUUCUACAGAAAUUAUGAAAAGUGGUGUUGGAGACCCAACCACCACCGCCGCCUUUGGUGGUGGCGCUGGUGGUGUUCUUGGUCACAAGAUCCUUGAUGAGCAGAUGAAGAGACCUUGUAAUAUUUUCUCAAGGAUGCUUCAGAUCUCGCCGAAUAGUAAGCUGCCCGUUUCGCCUUGUGAGUCGCCGGUGGUAGCGGUGGCUUCGCCUCGGGGGAUUAAGGCUUCUGCUUUUGUUCCUAAUGAUUUGAUUAGUGCUAAUACAUCGAAGAGUUGCUUGGUUGAGAGUACUGGUGUGCAGAUCUCGUCUCCGCGAAAUUCGGGUAUCAAGAGAAGGAAGAGCCAGGCAAAGAAGGUAGUCUGCAUACCAGCACCAGCACCUGCAAACAGCAGGCAAAGUGGAGAAGUGGUUCCAUCUGAUCUGUGGGCAUGGAGAAAGUACGGUCAGAAGCCUAUCAAAGGAUCUCCUUAUCCAAGGGGCUAUUACAGAUGCAGCAGCUCAAAGGGUUGUUCAGCCAGAAAACAAGUGGAGCGAAGCAGAACAGAUCCAAACAUGUUAGUCAUAACCUACACUUCAGAGCACAACCAUCCAUGGCCAACUCAGAGAAAUGCUCUAGCCGGCUCUACUCGAUCCCAACCAUCAAAGAACAACAACAACAACAAUUCAGCUUCAAAGAAUUCACCAAGAAUCAAACAAGAACAGAAGGAGAGCAGCGACAAUGUUGACACCGUGUCGUCAUCGACAACACCGGUGAAGGAAGAGAUGGUGGAAGACCUUGACAAGCAGAUAGAGAUGGAGGAUGGUGAAUUCAGUGAAGGGUUUUCUUAUCGGCCCGCAUUGCCUGAGAGUUUUCAGUCUGAUCAAGAUUUUUUUGCAGAUUUGGGAGAGAUUGAAGCUGACCCAUUAAACCUGUUGUUCAGCCAAGGGUUUUCAGGAGAUGAGGAGAGAGAAAACAAAGAGGUGUUGGAUCAAUUCAGCAGUCUCUUUGAAUGGAAUGGAAACAAUCGCAGCAACAUCAACAACACAGAGUUUGGAGAAGCUAAAAGGGGUUUAUAACAAGAGUUUGAAGAGUGAAACCCCCACUGAAACAUUCACUGUUAUAUGGUUGGUUAGUGGAUUUUGAGAACAGCACUGAGAGUGAGAGCACAUAAUUGGAACACAGACAGAAGAUGAUUGUGAACCCCCCACAUUGGGACACAGAUGGAGCGAUAGGCACUCACAAUUUUAUGAACCUAUUAUGGUUUUAUUUGGUGCAGUUAUAGGCAUGUUUAUAAUUUUUUUUUAAUAUUUUGACAUGUGUCAAAAUAUUUGGUGCAAUUUAUAUUUACAGUUAUAAGUUAACAAUAACUUAAAUAAGCUAAAAUGAAAAACUGAUUAUCGAGAAGUUGGGGAAAGAAUGUUGUUAAUUUCUAUUUUCUAAUUAUCAAUUCUCAAUUUGUAAGAAAUUGUACCAAAUAGACUCUAUGUGUUCACAUAAA